UUGGGAAUAUUAGGAUACUUACAAGUUAAAAUAGGAAAAUAAAAACCGAAAGAGAGAAAAAUGGCAAUAGCGAAAAAAUGCGUGCGAUUUUUGCUAAAUUUUAAUUAUCGUCAUCCUGUUACCACUGGCACAUUACGAAGAUACAGUGCAGGUGCAGGUGAUACUUCACAAUUUGAUGUAGCAGUGAUUGGAGGAGGCAUAGUAGGCUCUGCUUCAGCCAGGGAGUUAAUAUUAAAACACCCACAUUUAAAGGUUGCUUUAGUUGAAAAAGAAAACCGAUUUGCCUUCCACCAAAGUGGAAAUAACAGUGGCGUGAUUCAUGCAGGUAUUUAUUAUAAACCUGGUUCCCUUAAAGCAAAAUUGUGUGUCAAAGGUCUGAACUUAUCAUAUAAAUAUUUUGAUCAGAAAGGAAUCAAGUAUUCCAAAUGUGGUAAACUUAUUGUGGCAACAGAGAGAUCAGAAGUUCCUAGACUUUUUGAUUUAUAUGAAAGGGGACUUAAGAAUGGUGUUAAAGAUAUACAGCUCAUGGAUAGUAAAGAGAUGAAAGAAAUUGAACCACAUUGCAAAGGAUUACAGGCAUUAUGGUCUCCUCAUACAGGUAUUGUUAGUUGGGCUCAGGUUACAGACUCCUAUGUUAAAGAUUUUAUUGAAUGUGGUGGCAAAACCUAUCUAAAUUUUGAAGUAAAGAAAUUUAUAGAAGCUGAGUCUGCUGAGUAUCCUGUAAAAAUAAUUGAUACAGAAAAUAAUGUUAUUAAUGCAAAAUAUGUCCUCACAUGCUGUGGACUGCACUCCGAUAAAGUGGCAGUUUUAACAGGGUGUCCAGAAGAACCCAAAAUAAUACCAUUUAGAGGUGAAUACCUUUAUUUGGUUCCAAACAAAAGUAAAUUGACCAAAACCAAUAUAUACCCUGUGCCUGACCCUAGGUUCCCAUUUCUGGGUGUUCAUUUAACACCAAGAAUAGAUGGCCGAGUUAUUGUAGGACCAAAUGCGAUUUUAGCAUUUUGCAAAGAAGGAUAUAGGUGGGGCGAUUAUAAUAUGCAGGAACUUAAAGAAAUUAUUGGGUUUUCCGGAUUCCGCAAAAUGGCUAUGAAAUAUGCUAGUUUUGGUAUCAAGGAAAUGAUAAGAUCGGCUAUAACACCUCUACAAGUUAUGCAAGUUCGGAAGUAUAUACAGGAAAUAACGUCAGCAGAUGUUGAAAGGGGUCCAGCUGGUGUUAGGGCGCAAGCAAUGGCUAAGGAUGGUACAUUAAUAGAAGACUUUGUUUUUGAUUCGAAACCUGGACAUGGAGCAAUAGGAAGUAGAGUACUCCAUUGCCGAAAUGCUCCAUCCCCAGGAGCUACGUCAUCACUUGCGAUUGCUGAAAUGGUUGUAGAGAAAAUUGAAAAAGAAUUUAAAAUAUGAAAACGUAACUUUAUUAUUUUCAGUACAUAAUUGUUAUUUUUAUAUGAAGAUUCUAUAACUCUGAUAGAAUUAGGUUUAAAUGUUUUGUCUAAUAACCGUUUUUUGAAUAUAUGUAUUGUUAUAUUUCAUUCUCAAGCAAACUUUUAAGAAUCUCUCAAUAAUCUAAAUUAACCUGUUACUCGUUGGAUAACUCAUGUAAGUUCAUAAUGCCCGACAUAUAUUAUGUACAUACAAUAGAUAUUUUGUCUUUUUUUUUCAAAAUAUCUCUGUAAAUUGAAAGUUGUUCAAGUGUUAUUAUUACAUAAUUUUAUUACGUUACAAGAUAUUUAACUUAUUUUAUUAAAUAAUCAUUAUUGUUGUACAUAUUUGUGACUAGGUUAAUGUCAUAAACUAUGAAAAAUAAAUUCGAAAAGGAAAAAAUGUGAAGCUUAAAAAACUACAAAACAAGCUUUAUAUGCUUCACAUUUUUCCUUAGUGAAUAUUAUGAUUUACUAAUAUGUUCAUGGAAAACUUCAGAACACAUAUUUAGUGAAUUAAACCACAACCAGCCAGAUUCCUGUUAAUAUAAUGAUAAUUGAUUUAAAAAAUACAAUUUUUUUACGAACCAAAUAAUAAAAAAUGGCGAAUAAAUUACAUAUAAAGGUGUAAUAAAAAUAUACAUUGCUUUUUUAAUUUCACAUUUACAACCUACAAUGGGGAUGGCGAACAUUUAUAGAUUUACAUACCAAAAAAUUUUUAAUGACCAUAAACGCGGUAUGGACUUUGUGAUUAUCGGAAAAAUAAAAUUGCCUAAACUAAACUAAAUAGUAACAUUUUUU